UCACUUCUUCUUCCUCCUCAAACCAUUAAUUAUUUCUCUUAAUUUUAUCUUAUUGAAAAAAUGGAAAAUCAAACUCUAACAGGUUUGUUGAAGAAGGUGGCCUCGGAGUUUCCGAACCGCCGCGCGCUUUCCGUUUCUGGAAAGUUCGAUUUGACCCACGCGCGACUGCAAGAGCUCGUCGAUCACGCCGCCUCUCUCUUAAUCGCCUCCGGAAUUGGCCCAAACGACACCGUUGCGCUCACCUUCCCCAACACCGUCGAGUUUGUAGUGAUGUUUUUGGCGGUGGUUCGGUGCCGAGCCACGGCGGCGCCGCUGAACGCUGCUUACACGGCUGAGGAGUUCGAGUUCUACCUCUCCGACUCAGAAUCGAAGCUUCUGAUCACGCCGGAGGAUCCGAUUCAAGCCGCUAAAGCGGCGGCUACCAAGCUCAACAUCCCUCACGUGACCGCCAACCUGGCCAGCGCCACCAGCCACGUGACUCUCUCUUCCGCCGCGGAGUCGAGCCCCGACUUGGUCUCGCAACUCGUCAACGACGUGUCCGACGUGGCACUCUUCCUCCACACGUCCGGCACCACGAGCCGACCCAAGGGAGUGCCCUUGACCCAGCUCAAUUUGGCCUCGUCGGUCCAGAACAUCAAAUCGGUCUACAAACUCGCAGAGUCUGACUCGACCGUCAUCGUCCUCCCUCUGUUCCACGUGCACAGGUUAAUCGCCGCGUUACUGAGUUCACUCAUCGCCGGAGCCUCCGUGCCUCUCCCAGCCGCGGGCCGAUUCUCCGCCUCGCCAUUUUGGGCCGACAUGCUCUCGUACAACGCCACGUGGUAUACCGCGGUACCCACCAUCCACCAGAUCAUCCUCGACCGCCAUGGCAGCAAACCCGAACCGAAAUACCCGAAGCUCCGGUUCAUUCGAAGCUGCAGCGCCUCGUUGGCUCCGUCAAUAUUGGAGCGGCUGGAAGAGUCGUUUGGAGCGCCGGUCUUGGAGGCUUAUGCGAUGACAGAGGCGACCCAUUUGAUGUGUUCGAAUCCGUUGCCCGAAGACGGGCCCCACAAGCCCGGGUCGGUCGGGCGACCCGUGGGUCAGGAGCUGGCGAUUUUGGACGAGAAGGGUUUGGUUCAGCCAGAGGGCGUGAACGGCGAGGUGUGUAUCAGAGGACCCAAUGUGACCAAGGGGUAUAAGAACAACCCAGAAGCCAACAAAGCGGCUUUCUUGUUCGGGUGGUUUCAUACUGGAGAUAUCGGCGUUUUGGAUUCUGAUGGGUUUUUGAGCCUCGUGGGUCGAAUCAAGGAGCUAAUUAACCGCGGAGGGGAGAAGAUAUCACCCAUUGAAGUAGAUUCAGUGCUUUUGUCACAUCCAGGAAUUGAGCAAGGAGUUUCCUUUGGAGUUCCUGAUGAUAAAUAUGGUGAAGAGAUUAACUGUGCCAUAAUCCCAAGAGAAGGCGCAAGCAUAGACGAGGAAGAAGUGCUGCGAUUUUGCAAGAAGAAUCUGGCUUCUUUCAAAGUACCCAAGAAGGUGUUCAUCACUGACUCUCUUCCUAAAACUGCAACGGGGAAAAUCCAACGUCGAAUUGUGGCCGAGCAUUUCCUUGCACAAAUCUCCACUGCCAAAGUUCCCAAGUUUGGUGCUUAAUUUUCCUAAUUCCUAAAAGAGUCGUGCACGUUUGUAAUGGCACAAAAGUAUAUCCCAUUUGACUACUGCUGUCUACAAUGGUAGGCACAUGGGCACGUUUAGGCUGCCUCCAUUAUUAUAAACCUCUCAAAUGGCACAUCAGGGUUUUCUUUUCUUUUCAUGAUGGAGAAGAUGAAGUGAUGAACUGAGGGCCCUACCAUACAACUACAGAAGCUGUUGUGUAUUUUGUAUCUCUUUAUUUUUAUUUGAUCCGGAUGUUCAAAUGAGGAAAUAUUGACAACCAUGUUGUUUGAUUCGUUUUGGGUUUGUAGGGGUAAAUAGUUAAAAUGAUACCUUUGCCACAUGCUAACUCGAUCUCCACUGAUACCAUAUUUCCAUAAAAUAAAGGCAAAAGAGGCUUCUCAGCC